AUGAGGAAGGACAAGAAAGGAAACUUGGAUUGCUAUGCACUGUCUUUGAAACUAGAACGUUUUUGCUUCUCAAAAUGCAAUUUAUCAGAUGACUCUCUUGCUCUUUGCCUCUCUCACUUCACUAAUAUGAUACAUUUAGAUCUAAGCUUCAGUAGUCGUGUUACAACCCUUCCAGCAUGCGUCAAGGAAUGUCACCAUUUGAAAUAUCUUUCACUGGAUCAUUGCAACCGACUUCAACAUAUUGAGGAGAUGCCACCAAACUUGGAAAAAUUCAGUGCCAUAUGCUGCAUGUCAUUGACAAAAACAUCUGAAAGCAGAGUAUUGUAUCAGGUACUCAACUUGCAACCUGGGAAAACAAACUUUAUCUUUCCUGGAGGUAAAUUCCCAGAAAAUGUUGAUAGUUAUAGUAGGGGAAGCUGUGUGUCCUUUUGGGUUCGUGAUGUGUUUCCAACAAUUUUUCUAUGGAUUCUUGUUAAACAAGAUCAGGAUUUUCUCUUCAAUUGUUCAUUCUUGGUGCACGUCAAUAAUGUCAAGCUAGACGUUUCUUCUGAGUGGCUUCUGUUAUCAACGAUGAAGAUGGGUCAUUUAUGUAUAUGCGAUCUGCAAAGUAUGAUUCCCAAGGCUGAACUGCCACAUGGAAAUAAAUGGAAUCAUGUGAAGGUUUCCAUCAAGAGCAAUGUCCAAGAAAUGAAAAAGGGAAGGGAUCAAUUUCACUUAGCCCUUCAUGUUUAUAAGCAACAAAAAAACUCAACAACCAUCCGAUUUAUGGAUCCUAGGACAACAUACAUUGAUAGUAACUCCUGGGAAAGAUUACAACAUCCACAACACCGGGAAGAACUUGAAGACAACAUGCCUUACCAAGACCUAGCUCCAGGUGUCGCCAAUCUCAAGGCCCAGGUUUCACAAAAUGAAGAUGUGAACGCAGAGCGAGCGGUAUUACCAUCCACAUGGAAUUAUGAUGUUCUUGCCACCAUUCUUGAGUGCUUUAGCAUAGAAUGCCGAUUCGUUUAUCCAAUUUUUUAUGGCGUGGAGCCAUUAGAGUUGCGAGAUCAAACAGGGAGUUACGGAAAAGUAUUUGCAAGGCUUGAGAAGAUAUACAAACACAACAAACAACUAGUGCAGAAAUGGAGGCUGGCUUUGUCUAAAGCAGCUAACCUGAGAAGCAUUACCAGUUUUCCAAUUUCUUGGACACCAAGGCAUGACCGUGUAUAUAUGUUCAAUUCUCCAGGGUCUUCUUCCUCUUAUCUGAGAAAGCAUCCCGAAAUGGUUUGAUUACCAUAGCAAGGGAAAUUCAGUGUGCUUCUGGGUCUAAAAACAGUUCCCUGCAAUUGUGGUGUGUGUUCUUUUUAGAGUUUCUGUCCAGCAAGAAAUUGGAACACACAAGAAUGGUGUAGAGAUCCAGUGUAUUGGAUUUCACGUAUGCAAGCAAGAAAAUGGCAUGGAGAAUAUUCGGUUCACGAAGCCUGAUUACCCCAAGCGAAAAUACCAUAACUUCUACAACUGCAAUAAUGACUUGGAGCAAGAUUUCAACUCCAGUGAGGAAUUAUUGGAAUAACUAACUUUAAUCAACUCU